AUUACAUCACUUUAAAUACCAAAUUUUUUAUUCAUUUUUGUUCUCUUAUUUACUUUAGUCCUCUCGAAUCCCAUAAAGUCCACAACUCUCUCCUUGUAGAGAGAGAGAUUUUAUGGCGGUGGAGCUCAUGACUCGGAAUUACAUCUCCGGCGUCGGAGCUGAUAGCUUCGCCGUUCAAGAAGCAGCUGCUUCAGGACUCAAAAGUAUCGAAAAUUUCAUCGGUUUAAUGUCUCGUGAUAGCUUUAACUCUGAUCAGCCAUCUUCUUCUUCCGCCUCCGCCUCCGCCUCCGCCGCCGCAGAUCUUGAAUCAGCUCGUAACACAACGGCGGACGCGGCUGUUUCAAAGUUUAAAAGAGUCAUAUCUCUCUUAGAUCGAACUCGAACCGGACACGCCCGGUUUAGACGUGCUCCGGUUCAUGUUAUUUCUCCGGUUCUUUUACAAGAAGAACCAAAAACGACGCCGUUUCAGUCUCCUCUUCCUCCUCCGCCGCAAAUGAUCCGAAAAGGUUCGUUUUCUUCAUCGAUGAAAACGAUUGAUUUCUCAUCUCUCUCCUCUGUAACAACGGAAUCAGACAACCAGAAGAAGAUUCAUCAUCAUCAACGUCCCUCUGAAACGGCGCCGUUUGCGUCUCAAACUCAAAGCCUCUCCACGACGGUCUCGUCUUUCUCAAAAUCAACAAAGAGAAAAUGUAACUCUGAGAAUCUUCUCACCGGAAAAUGCGCUUCCGCUUCUUCCUCCGGUCGUUGUCAUUGCUCGAAGAAAAGAAAGAUAAAACAGAGGAGAAUAAUUAGGGUUCCGGCGAUAAGUGCAAAAAUGUCCGAUGUACCACCGGACGAUUAUUCAUGGAGGAAAUACGGACAAAAACCAAUUAAAGGAUCUCCACAUCCAAGAGGAUAUUAUAAGUGUAGUAGCGUAAGAGGUUGUCCAGCACGUAAACAUGUUGAGAGAGCAGCUGAUGAUUCGUCCAUGUUGAUUGUUACUUAUGAAGGAGAUCAUAAUCAUUCUCUCUCCGCCGCUGAUCUCGCCGGAGCCGCCGUUGCUGAUCUUAUUUUGGAAUCGUCUUGAAAAGAACAAAUCUUUAUUUAAGGCUUUUAUAAUAUAAAUUUAGAUCCUUACUUAGUGAAGUACUCAAACUAUGAAUGAAAUCAAUGUAAUCAAAAUCAAAAAGCUUUUGCUAAAUUUCGAUUUGUUAGUUUUUUGGAUUGUUAAAUUAUAAAUUGUGAUAUAUUCAUCAUGUUUACUUGUUACUUGCAAUUUGAAGGGUUUAUUUUUCAUUUUUAGUU